AAAAUAUAUAAAUAAAAAAGAUAAUUUAGAUUAUAUUAGAAAGAGUUUAUUAUUUGUUUGUUUACUUUAAUUAUGGAUCAGGAUAUUUUUGAAAUUAGAAAUUUUAGGUUGGUUCCUCCAAAAAAUUAGAUAAAAACUUAGAGCACCACUAGACAUCCGCUAUAGGGUAUUUAACAGGGAAUGGAUUAUGUGAUAGUUGAUGGAGAGAAACUGCAACCAACAGAAGACUUUGGGACAGUUUACGUUGGUGAAUAAUUGAAAGCUAUGGCUUAGAUUAGAUACAAGCAAGGUUAUAAUUAGGUUCUUGAUUAUGUUAAUAUCGAAAUUAUUGUGCAAAAGUAAGAUGAUAAAAAGCCAACUAAAAUUGCAGAAGCAAGAGUUAAAGACAUUAAAGGUGGAGAUGAUAUUAAUGUUCCUUUCAGUCUAAAAAUAGAGCAGGAAAAAUAAUACAAUAUUGCAUUUUUUAUUAAAUAUAAGGCAAAACCAUUUAUAAAUAAUCCAUCAAGCGCUCCAAUAAUUCCAGAGAAUCAAAAAACUAGACAAUAUAGAAUAUCUCCAAAGCUACCCUUUUUAAUAGAAAAGAGCGUUAUUUCUGAUUUAUAUCCAACUUACUAUUUGGAGUACUCUCUCUAGGCAAAAACUUAAAUUGAUUUUCUCUUUAAAACUGUUUCCUUUAUUCCAGAGGACUUGUUUGAAUCAUAGCUCAUAUCACUAGAUUCUAGUGGACUAGUUUGUUUGAAGCCAGAAGAAAAAGAAAAAAUCAUAUUUAAGGUGGAUGUAAAACCUUAUGCUAUGGAUGAAUACAAAAAUCUAUUUCUUAGAGAUUAAGCAACAAUUAGUCUUGGGAGUUUAUUUUUAGAAUGGGGUAUUUGUGGUGCUUAUAUGAAUAAAUCUGAAGAAGUUCCUUUGGAAAAAUACGAUAUCGAGUUAUAAUUUGCUGAAAAACCUGAACUUUCAAUCAAAAAAAUUUCCAAAUGCAGGCUUAUUGUUAGCAAUCCCACUAGAUAAAUAAGAAAAGCUAAAAUCUUUUUAAACAACUUUGAUAUGGAUGGGAUCAAAGUUUUAGGCUUAGAUAAUUCUAUAGUCACAUUCUCUGAGGAAAAUUAGUAUCAAUUUGAACUAGGAGUUCAUCUCCUCCCAUUAGGGCCAGGAAUUUAAUUUAUCAAAGGUCUGAAUUUUAGAGUUGAAAAUACAAAUAAAAAUUGCACUAUCAGAAAAAUGCUAUAAGUCCUUGUUAAAACACAAGACGAACUUCUUUAAUUUCCCAGUCAAUAAAAUAGAAUGAACGAAGUAAUAGAUUUCUUUGCUGAUAACUUUGAUUCUACUAAUAACUAAGUUUCACAAUAAAGCACUUAAGCAACCUAAUAUUAGCCUAAGAUGCAAGAAAAUGAUGACAUUCAAGAUUUUUUUACUGAUACAACCAGUCAGGCUGCCAACAACGUUUAUGCUUUUAAUUCAAAUUAAAACCAGCAAAAUACGUAAUAUCAAUAAAAUAAUAACAACGUUAAUAACAGUAACAGUAACAAAUAAAAUUUGGAUUCGAUUUUCGACGAUAAUCUACUUGAUUUUGACAGCACUAAUUCUUAGCCAGGGGCAAACUUCAACAGUAGCAAUAAUAAUUAUAAUAAUAACAACAACAAUAACAACAUUAAUAGCAGUUAAAAUAACUCUAACAAUAAUAUUAAUAACUAAUUUAAUAAUAAUUUCUAAAAUAAUAAUGAAAAUAAUUAUAAUAAUAAUAACAAUAAUUUAGAUUUAUUGUGA